UGUAAAGAUGUGUUACUCUAGCGCCUUUUUGCUGCUCGGGUUUACAGUGUACUUUUUCCUGGUUGUGCCGACUCUUUCCCAUGCUGGCAGUGUGGAGCCAGCGAAGGAGGAGCUGCAGCUAGAGCCCAAGUUGGAGCUGGAAUCUGGCCACGUGCCAGGGCCAUCGCUUGUCCAUUUCGGCAACAGCAGGCGCAAUCUGAGAUCCAUCGGUUUCGGACACAGGUUUUUCCCAAUUACACGGUCCAAGAUACCCAUCGAAUUGGAAAUGCUGGUGGAGAACGACGAAAUUGAGCGACCGAAACGGUUUGAUGACUAUGGACACAUGCGAUUUGGCAAACGGAACGGAGAUGACCAGUUUGAUGACUACGGCCACAUGCGAUUCGGAAGGUGAAGGCGAAUAAAUUAUGUAUCUGGAUCUUGGUGUGAUAUGCUUUUGUAAAUAGUACAUAUUUAUGCAGACAUAACAUAUAUAUAGCCCUCGUUACAACCGCCAAUUAUGAAGUAAAUAAAACAUAUUUUGCAUUCCACAAA